AUGGUACGAACGCCCACAACCCCACAACGCAGGGCGAGCACAGCCAAACAGACUCCCACUACCGAAUCAUCUGCGGCAGCCACGCUCGGAAGUAUGUCUUCGUAUGAGUCCAUGGGAGAUUUGUUCAAAAAGCAUGCUAUAAAACAGAUCCGAAGGUACAAAGAAAAUAUCGAUGAGGACAUUUCUCUUAAACAAAAUCAACUUCGUGAUCUCGUAGGAGAGAGGUACAAAGAUAUCAUCGAAGCAGCUGAUUGUAUGGAAUCGAUUCAGCAACUGUGCAUGGCCUCAACCAACCAGUUUGUUGAAAUGACAACACUUAUCGAUGAAUAUAAAAACAAAUCCUUUGAAACUCCAUCGUCACAACCGAUGGACAACUCUGCUGAGAACAUUAAUCCAAAAUUGCAAUACAAACAUUUAUCACAAGUAAUCGAUUGGAUGUUGAUUUGUGUGGAAAGUAACAUGUUCUUUUAUGCCUCCAUUUGUUGUAUCGUAAUUGAAAAAAUUUUGAAUUCCAAUAUUGCACGACCAAUUAAAUCAUCUGUAAAGAUUCGAGAAUUUCAGAGGCUUAAGAAAAAAUUGAUUGUUAAUUGUAAAAAAGCCGUAAGAUCUCAAGCUACUGACAUGAAUUACAUUCAAUGCUUACUCUCUCUAAUGCUGUGUGAAAAACAAACCGAUGGAGAAGUACUCCGCUCUUUUCUACAUGAAAGAGACUUAUUUAUACAUGAAGCUGCAAGACGUAACGAUGAUAUUCCAAUAAGGCAAAAAAUUCAAGUGAUAGAAACUGUUUUUGACAUCUUUUUCGAUACAAUUUUCAUUUCGAAUAACUUGUUUAAAUGUAAUGGAGAACUUUUAUUUUUAAAGCAAUUUUUAAGGAAAAUAAUGGAUGUGAAUUUUCUAUCAAUUGCUACAAGAAUGAGCCUUCAUGGAAAACAAGAUCAUCAAUUUGAUUUACUCAGCGGCGAAAAAACCAUUUCAACCAUAUAUAAGGGCGCCUUUCCUAAAAUUUUCAAACAGUACGCCAUCUCUUCUGUUGAGAGCGUGAUGCAUAAUUCAUUUUGUUCUUCAGAUCACGGGAUUACUAUCCAGAACUGGAUAAAGGAAAAGGUCGGACAUGUUCACGAGUUUUUCACCAACAUGAUAUACCACACUCAAAAUAUUCAUGAUCUUGUGACCAUCAAAAACAAAUUGAGAGAAAAGAUUGUCGAUAGUGCCACCAAUGAAGCUGAACAGAGAUUUCCAGUUAUUUUAAAGAGCUGUUGUGGAUUUUCUCCUGAUUUUGAUAACGAAAGGGCUGUAAGAAAACUAUGGAAAGAUAUGGUCAUUAAUCAAAUUGAACCUACAUCUCUUUGGGGCCUUUUAAACAGCUCUUACACCAAAAAGAAGCACUCACUCAUCACUUCUCAAUUCCAUUCUCUCAUUUUCAAUGUAGACACUACAGAAAGUAUUAGUUAUACCAACAUUGGUGAAGAAAUAUGGAAAACGCCUAUCAUAGAAAACGAUUUAUUAUUUGACAGAUUCAUCAAUAAUAGCAGGAAAAAUUAUUUCUCAUCAAAUCCUGAAGACAAGACGACUUUUAAAAGCAUAAUUACUGUUCAUGGGACUACUAAGGAAGUUAGAAGAAAAGUAAGAAAUGAAUUAUUUGAAGAUCAGCUUUUGCCUCUUUGCAAAGAUAUCUUCGAGCUCAUUGACGAUGUUCAAUCAACAGAAGAGCACACCGAACUACAAAACUUAAUUCUCAACGAAUAUUUCCAAUUUUUUAACAAUUUAGCCAUGUCCAUACAAGAGGCAAUACGGAAUCCAAACACAAUUCUACGCGAGUCAUCCGCCUCAUUGAUAGAAAAGCAGCUAUACUGUGCCAGAGUUCUCCAAUCGCUUAGAAAGCUGUAUAUUGAUCUCUUUUUGGAAAUUUUUACAAGACUGUCAUUAUUUGGAAAUAGUGAAGACUCUUUCGUUUCAUUAAUGAGAAAAACCAAAACACAAAUAGCAAACCUAAAACCAAAAUCCAAAAAAGCACCUUUAAAGGAUGAUAUGGCAACAAAUCACAUAAUGAAAUUCCUUGAGAUUGAAAACAGAUUUGGUUCUGUUUAUUUGGAAGCUUUUGAGGAUUGGAUUACAAAACAAUCCGAACACGUUGUAAAACAAAUACAGUAUGAAUUGGAGAAUGAUCAACAAUGGAACAGGCCCACCCGAAAAGAACUGUGGCAAACAUUUUCCAACGAGAAAGAUGGAGAAACAUUCAGUUUACCUUUCAGAACGUCGUAUUCUGUUUUCAAUGCCUUACAUGAAUUGGCUAUUUCUAUUUACUCAAUAGGAGAUUUCAACAUUGACAAGACCGUAACAGACAAGCUGUCAGAGGUAACAGCGAACCGUGUGUUCACAACUUACAUUCAUUGGCUUGAGAGUAAAAUAGAAGACGCCAAGACACUUUUGAAUCAGCAAAUAGAAGAAUUGAACACUAGUAAGACAACGCUCGAAAAUUCUACCACCGACAAAACACAAGAGUCAUAUCUUAACAAAAUUGCAGAGAUUGACAAACAAAUCGAAGUUCUAAAAGAAGGUCCUAUUCCAAUGGAAAAGAUUGUUUGUGAAGAAGGUUUUUUGCAAAUUCUCUUCGAUGUACGAUAUUUGGCACAUGUAUUUUUUGGAUCUCAACUCACUUAUGAAAAGCUUGUUCUCAAAUCACCUUCAUCAUUGGACAACAAUGAGAAAUUAUUUGUCAAGUUGGGCUCACUGAUUUUGGACCAUAUUGAUCCUAUCAAUUGGGAAACGUUUGAAAAAUCCUUUAAUAUUUCGGUGCUGCAAUGUGUGAACAGAAAUGUGUUAUUCACACCCAAUUUGUGUAAAACAGCAUUGUUACCACUUGCAAAGGAUCAAGCCUUGUUUGUGGGUGAAGCUCCAUCAUCACCACUUGCAAGUACCUCGCCUCCAAUUGGCAACACUCCGAUUUACAGCAGCAGCGAAAAUGACCCUAGUAAUGCCUUCUUCAAGUUAUGUAAGCCAGAAGCUAUCACGAUUCACAUGUUACCCAUACCCAAACGAGAAUUAAGGAUGAAUUACAGCCAUACAUCCUCACAUCACAUGAUGGAUCAUUUGCAAGAUUCUACUUCAUACUCUCACACCACUGCUACCUCCCAUCAUGCUUCUGAUCAUCACUUUCCACAAGAAGGUGGUAAAACUAGUGUUGACACAUCAUCCGAACCAUCUGCAGCUACAACCGUAUUUGGCAGCUUUUUCAGUUCUCUCAUUUCAGCACAAAACCAACCUCAACAAAAAUCAGAGACUGAAAAAGAGACACCUUCAAGAGGUUUUGCUUUCACAUGGUUCUAG